UGGAAGCUUGGAGCUGUUCCUCAGAGUGAGCGUCUCUCUCACUCUCCCUUAGUCGUUAAGUCAGAGAGCAGAGGAGGACGGGAAGUCAGAGAGACCAGGGGAGGUCUGACGACACCAUCUCGGCUUGCCCGGCACCUACUUUAUAUGCACAAAUUGAUCAAUGCAAGAACACAGUCUGGUUUUGGUUUACCGGAGGAGCAUCAAGAUUCAUAACCAAGCUGUCACUCUGCAAGACAUGUGUGCAACUUUUCCUGCCAGGACGAAAACUUAAAGGAGCUUUGGAAACUUAGCAUGUGUAAGUGUCCAAGAGUAGCAGUAGCUUUCAAUGCUGGAGGUCCAGUGUUAGGAUGGAUGACACAGGCUGACAAUCUCCACCACUUCUGAUCCAGCUUUAAAGGGAACAUCCAGUCAAGCGAAGAAGGACAGGCUCGAAAAAGAACUUAACUCACCUGCAACUUUAAGUCCAGGCUGAUAUGAUGCUGUGGUACAACUUUGGCAGCCACUUGCUCUCUCUGGCAGCACUUCUGGUGAUUGUGAGCUGCGGAGGAGGGGAGCAGCGGAGAGCGACGGAUAGCAGCAGCGCAGGUGGCAGCAGUAGCAGCAGUAGCAGCAGUAGUGGAGGAAGUAGUAACAGUAAUUACAGCAACAGACGCUUUCAUAAGAUCCAGCAUGGUCAGUGCACCUAUACGUUCAUCCUACCUGAGGGAGACGGAGCCAAAGGUUCCUGCAGGGAGGUGAAAGCCGGUAACCCGCAGCACAACGCCAACUCUCUCCAGAGAGACGCUCCGCCAUCCGAGCCAGAGUUUCCCAGCCAGAAGAUCCAGCAGCUCGAGCACAUUAUGGAGAAUUAUACCCAGUGGCUACAGAAGAUUGAGAACUACAUCAAAGAGAGCAUGAAGACGGAGAUGGCUCAACUGCAGCAGAGCGCCGUCCACAACCACACAGCAGCCAUGCUGGAAAUGGGCACCAACCUUCUUUCUCAAACGGCUGAACAGACUCGCAAGCUAACUGACGUUGAGACACAGGUUCUGAACCAGACGUCCAGGCUCGAGAUCCAGCUGCUGGAAAAUUCUCUUUCAACUAACAAGUUAGAGAAAGAGUUAAUGAUCCAGACCAAUGAGAUCAACAAGCUGCAUGACAAGAACAGCCUCCUGGAGCAGAAGAUGUUAGAAAUGGAGAUGCGACACCGUGAAGAGUUGGAGACGCUGAAGCAGGAGAAGGGGAGUCUCCAGGCUCUGGUGGGGAGGCAGAGCGGGGUUAUCGGGGAGCUAGAGGCCCAGCUGAGCCGAGCCACGGGAAACAGCACGGCUCUGCAGAGACAGCAGCAGGAGAUGAUGGAUACCGUCCACAACCUGCUCAACCUCUGCUCCAAAGACGGAGUCGUGCCCAAUAGCACAAAGGUCGAGGAUGAAGAGAAAAAGUUCCGCGACUGUGCCGACCUCUACCAGGCCGGCUUCCAUAAGAACGGAGUCUACACCAUCCAGAUCAACCCGCAGGAGACCAAAAAGGUGUAUUGCAACAUGGAAACAGCCGGUGGCGGAUGGACGGUCAUCCAGCGCAGAGAAGACGGCAGUGUGGACUUCCAGAGAACGUGGAAGGACUACAAGAUGGGUUUUGGGAGCCUGUCUGCAGAGCACUGGUGGGGGAACGAGUAUGUUUACCAGCUGACCAGCCAGAGGCAGUAUGCCCUGCGUGUGGAGCUGACAGACUGGGACAGACACCAGGCCUUCUCGCUAUAUGACCGCUUUCAAAUCGGCAGUGAGAAACAAAACUACAGGCUGUUCCUGAAAAGCCACAGUGGGACUGCAGGCAGACAGAGCAGUCUCGUAAUCCACGGAGCAGACUUCAGCACCAAGGACAUGGACAAUGACAACUGCAUGUGCAAGUGUGCCCUCAUGCUCACUGGUGGUUGGUGGUUUGACGCCUGUGGCCCGUCCAACCUCAACGGCAUGUACUUCACCCAAGGACAACACGUAGGGAAGUUGAAUGGUAUCAAGUGGCACUACUUCAAGGGCCCCAGCUACUCGCUACGAGCCACGCUCAUGAUGAUCCGCCCCCUGGACUUCUCCUAGUCUUUUGAACUUUUAACUUCCAAACUGCUAUGUAGCACAUUAGAGGGACGCUUCCCAUUUUAUCGUCUUGUCUCAUCUCAUUUCGCCAGCCACGGGAGUCACCCAAUGAAUCUUUUUUUUUUUUUAACUCAACCUGGUUCUUCUGCAGAGCAACGGCUAUUCCUGUGCUGCUGUUGCCUCGUAACCUUUCCCCUCAAUAAACUGAAGAGCAAACACGAGGAGGAAGAAGCAAGACAGACGCAACUCAUCUGUUCACACACAGAUUCAAACUUUAUUUAAAGGACAAAUGCGUUCAGGAUGCUCACGCCUGGAAUUUGCGUACAUUUUGAGCACGCUAUAGCGUCAGUUUGUAUGAAUCUUCAAGCACGAUGUCAAACCACAAUUUUUCCAUUUUUCAGGGGACCUUGUGUUGUAAAAAUAUGGAGGACUUGAACUCUUCUGAAUGGACAGCAGCAAUCAGAGAGCAGCACUGACUCUUUAACUGCAGGACAGAACUGAUCUGGAAAACUCUGAGGACACGAACGAGAGACUUUUCUUUUUUUAUUAAAAUGUUGCUCACAGAACGCAGCCCAUAAAUAUUACAAUUGUAUUAAAUGUGUUUUUUGGUAUUAUUUUUGUUAUCCCAACUGUAUCCAAAGUAAGAUGAAAUUGUCUUUUUUUUACUGUACAGUGUAUAAUGAAUUUCUGUUUGCAUCAAGUAUAAAACACGCGCUCUGUUUUGAGGUGGCCUUGAAAUUGAAAGUGAUGAGUUGGUAAUAGUAAUGAGGGUCACUUGCAGUGCUUACUGCCAAUUACACACUCGCUGUUUUGACAGAGUGUGAUUAUUUUUAGAGUUCAAGAUGUGAGGUUAUUAUUGGAUUAGAUUCUGGACUGAGAUCCAUUUGCUUUCAGUUAUUGGCUGAGAAAAGACUUAUACCUGCCAGGGUUUAGAUUGUGAGUGAUCACUUUACCUCUGCUGAAUAUAAAAAACAAGGACAUUAAUACAGACGCAUUCAAUUAGUGACGUAUAACAAUUACAGCUGUGUGCUC